CCUGUACGUAUAUCAGCGUGCGCGCUCCCGCUCAACUCCUUUCUUUUUCCGGCUCCAUCUUGUACGGUGGUGGCGUCUCGUGAUCUGCUACCUGAAACCUCUGCCAUUGUUGGGAAGGUGCAGAGACUGACUUUGGCUAGAUUGUGCUUGAUCUGAGGCAGUCAGAAUUCCAGGGCCUUUGGAGAUACCCAAACCCUGGCAAAGCAUAGCUGGAACCAUGCAGCUGUUCAUCCGUGCUCAGAACCUGCACACCCUUGAGGUGUCUGGCCAGGAAACAGUAGCUCACAUUAAGGCUCACAUUGAGUCCCUGGAGGGCAUUGCAUCUGAGGAUCAGGUUGUUCUCUUGGGUGGAACUCCCUUGGAGGAUGAAUCUCUCAUUGGGCAAUGUGGCAUCAGCGAGUUUACCACCCUGGAGGUGGCUGCUCGCAUGCUGGGUGGUAAGGUCCAUGGCUCCCUGGCUCGUGCUGGGAAGGUGAGAGGCCAGACUCCCAAGGUUGCCAAGCAAGAGAAGAAGAAGAAGAAGACUGGCCGUGCCAAGAGACGCAUGCAGUACAACCGGCGCUUUGUCAAUAUCGUGCCGGGCUUUGGCAAGAAGAAGGGCCCCAAUGCUAACUCCUAAAUGGCACACUUCACCCAAUAAAGCAGAUGUCACCUGA